AUGUAUAUUGCAUUGCUAUUUGUUGGAAUUGUAAAAGUUAUUGCAGAUAAUUUUGGAUUCAUUGUCCAAUCAGGAGAGCAAUAGUGUCUUUAAGAUCAAUUAUUGAAGGGCUAAAUGAUGGCAUUAUAGAUUAUAGCUAACUCGACUGAAUUCGAGUUUACAGUGGAGGUACUCACUUCAUUAGCAAUCGUGAAAGCAAGGCCAAAAGGACCCCUAGUAGAUUGAGUCACGAAAAAAUGAGAUCCUCAUUAAGUACACAUUGACUAUGUGGAGCAAUGAAUACCUGAAAUAUUGCUUUAGAGUAUUUGGAACGAAAAACGCAAAGUUUGACAUCACAUAUAAGAAGGGAGAUGAAACAGUAGAUCGAGAGUAAAUGGCCAACAAAGAAGAUCUAGAUUUAAUUGAUGGGUAUUUAAAAUAGUUGGAUCGAGUUUAUGGGUAGAUGAAAGAUUUGAAUAGAUUUUAAAAGGGUUCAUAAGAAAACAAUUAAGGACUAGGAGAAACCUUAGGAUUGUAGAUGACCACAUUUACAAUGCUAACUUUAUUAACCCUUUGUAUAUCAACGUAUGUGUUAGUAAAACAAAUCAAAGUGGCAAUAAGAAAAUAAAAAGAAAAAUGAUAUAUUUAAAAAUAAGUAUGCUCC